AUGCACACUAAGUCUAUCAUCGCCGGCAUAUCCGUUGCCGCCCUUUCUCUUCUUCCCACCUGCCCUGCACCUCCCGUCGCCGCUCUAGUCAUUACCGGCCUCGCUGCUCCUCUUGCCGGCAACCUGCUCUACAUUGGUCUUAACGGCAACGUUAAGCGUGCUGAGCUCAACGGCGAGGCUCUAUUCAAGCGCCAGUCCUGGCCAGGUGUCCCUGACUACAAUAUCCAAAUGUGCCACGACGCCAACGUCGGCAGAACCGUGACUGUCACUCAGACCUCCACUUCUUCCAUGCGAAUUGAGAACGUCGCCCCCGAGUGCAUGAACCUCGCUACCGUGUUUACUGAGCAGGGAACCCCCAUCCCAUGUGGCUCUGCUUGUCUUGAGUACGUCAACCUCAGCGCUGAGGACAACCAGAAGCUCAUGGACAUCAUCAACAACCUCCUCUAA